AUGCGCAUCCUUGAUUUGCCUCUUGAGUUGAUUCAAGAGAUACUCAGACGUGCAUAUCCCAUCCCACGAAUCCCUUAUUUCGCUGGGUCUUACCUUGCACGUCGAGUGCUUAGUGAGCCUAGCAAUGGGCUUCCCGAUUUACUCCGCAUUCGUGCCGUUGCACAAAAGCUGCACGAAGCGGAUGCAGAAGCACGCAGCGUCCCUGACUAUGUUCAUCAGCUGUGUCUGCUGGUCAUACGCGACCAACGACCGUCCACACGUUUAGCUCAGAUGUUGAAGGCCAGUCAGGUCAAAGACAAAAGUGACUCCGAGACCCAUCUCUACGUGGCCGCUUAUCUUACACAGACGACUACGAUCGUCGAAAGAUGGAUGGCAAGCGCACGACACCCUGCUCAGAAUAGUUGGAUGUUCAGUUCGAUCAAUAACCACGCUGCAAGACACAGCGAUGAGCGUUUUCUUGCCGCGCUGACAACCGGCUCUGAUAAGUUCCCCGAAUCAGCACAAGAACGAAGAGUAGAGAUGUUAUGCGUUGUCGCCGAAGCCGGCCGCCUUGAUGCGGUGCAGUUCAUCUUCAACUUCGCUACUGAAAGCUUACCUUGGGUGUUUUCGAGGAAAAGGCGGCCUCACCAUGCGUACGCGAACGAGUGGAUGUUGGCAUUGAUGCACACCCCCAGCAGGGAGGUUUUUGAGUUCCUGAUGGAGAAACGAAGUUUGCACUGCAUAAACCGGGAAUUCGGGCCGGCACAAUAUACACGGUUCCUACGGCAUUGCGCGAUUGAAGGCUGGACUGAAAUGGCUGAGCACUACUUGAGCCUCGGGGCUUCAGUCGAAGGUGUAGGCGACAGGUCUUUGUGCGGAGAAGACCGGCGACCACUCCUGUUAGCUUGCAGACGCGGGCACAAGGACACCAUUAGAAUGCUCUUGGAGCAUCAAGCAGAUACUGCUGUUCCAGUCUUGGAGCUCGCUGUUGGAUGGGGAGAUCUGGCGACCGUGCAAUUGCUACUCCAACACAAAGCAAAAUUUGGAGAUGCUCUCUCUUUAGCAGUGGCGAAAGGCCACAGGAAUGUGGUUCAGGAACUACUGGACCAUGGUGCAGACAUCAAGAUUGGAUCGCGACCUCUACUUGCAUAUGCAAUCGAACAUGAGCACGUGGCGCUAUUCCGGCUUUUGGUUGAGCGAGGCUGCGACCCGCGCGUUGAUGAAGCUGCUACAGAGUGUGUGAGGAUCGCAAAGGGAUACGGGUUAGAGUCGAUGCUACAACUGCUAAGAGAGCAUGGUGUCAACAGCGACGACACUGCGAUUCCAUAG